ACUCUGGAUUGCCCCAGUAACUCCUAUGUUCAUUCUAUUUUAUCCCACCAAUUAAAAACAAUAUAAUUUUUAAUAUAUUUUAAUCAGAAACGUGGUGAAAAUCGAAAUUGCCCUUAAUGAAACUAAGUAUUUACAGGAUCCAACCUAAACUAUUUGACUCGACCCACUAUUAGUCGGAUCCCUAACCAGAUCCGCGCGUUCUUUUCUUUUUUCUCUUCCUUUGUCGUCUCUCACUCUCUUCUAAACCUUCUAAACCUGAAAAUUGAAAAAAAAUCCUAGAACCGACGAAAACGAUGAAGCUCACCGCAUCGACUGCUUCCUUCACUGUUUCUUCUCUGAUUUUCCCUUAGUCCCUCGUGCCCUUCCUUGUUAGAUUUCAUCAUUUCCCCAAAUCAGUCUGUAACCCUAGAUUUGACGAAAUCAAUUGAAAAAAUUGAUCGAAUCAACUGCUCCUGCGGCGUAUUCUAUUCUCCCGCUCCUUCUGUCGGCGACGCAAUCGACGGAACCCUAGACUUCAUCUCCCAUCUCCUGUUUUCGUUCUCGUCUCUUCCGUGUAAAAGGUAUGUUCUCUCUCAAAUUUUUGAUUGAUUUUGUUGUGGGUUUGGGUUUGAAAGUCCGUUUGAAAGUAUUGUGGUUGAAAAUCGGUUAGGUUCAGAUUUUUUUCAGAAUGAGGAUUACAGAGACUGAAACUUGGACACGUUUGGUUUUGAGGUUAUAGAGAUUGAAAGUUUGGUUUCAGAUUUGAGAUAAGUCUAGUGAUUAUUGAAGACUAACUGUUUUGGUGAUAGAGUGUCCUAGACUGUUUGAUAUGUGAAACCGAGUUGAGUGAUUGAUUAAUUGUGAUGUAGUGAUCGAAUUGAUUGGUUGGAGUUUUAUUAUUGAAUGAAUGAUUUAGGGUUUUGAGAUCAGACAGCUAUAAGAAUCAAUGAUUUAUUUUGUAGAUAUUUCAUUGAAUGGGUUUGUUAGCGUUGGUGGUUAUUGAACGUUUAUUGUGUAUGUAUAUAUUCAGGGGAUCAAGAUAUUGAGAGGCUAUAGAUAAUGGCAGGCCGAGGUCGAGGGAGAAAAAAAUCUCAGCAGAAAAAGUCCACAAAAAGAAACAGUGCUCCUGUAGAAGAGCAGCAUGUAGAAGAACUUUCAACAGAGAAUGAUAGUGAUGAUCUGUCAGCACACGGAAUUGAGUCUGAUAAUCAGGGAACCGAUAAUCAGUCUGCAUCAUCUCAGGAGUGCCAACCACUGCCACCUGAUGAGCUAUGUUUCAAGAACACCGAGUUCACCCAGACGUGUAAGAUACAGAGCAAGUGUUAUGUGACCGAGACGGUGAAGUUUCUGAAGAAGGCUAGGUUUAAGCCUGAGCUCCAGUGGUUUGAAAACCACCCUCAGUUUUGCCAUUUUUUCCACAUGCCCGAUGAACCAAACUUGAAGCUGCAGGGUAUGUGGAUGCUUCUACUGCGCACUGUUCCUUUACAUGAGUCAGAGGACACAUCUUGGUUUGCUGUUAAUGGAGUGCCCAUUCGGUAUUCAAUGAGAGAGCAUGCUCUCAUCUCGGGAUUGGACUGCCAUGACUACCCGGCUAAGUAUAAGAAGAUUGGAAGCUUUGCGUUUGUAGACAGGCAUUUCAAAUCACAUAAGGAGAUCACUAUGCUAUCUGUGAGAGAGAAGUUGUUGAGUAUGAGUGCGUGUGGGGAUCGGCUCAAAAUGGCAGUGCUUUACUUCUUAGGCACGAUUAUCAGAGGGAAGGGAAGGUAUAAUGCCCCGUUCGACCCUUUCAUAUUAAGAAUCGUCAACGAUGUGGAGGUUUGUAAAACCUUUCCUUGGGGUCGGUUGACGUUUGAAGAUGCUCUCCGGUCCAUCACUCGCGUGAUGAAGCAUCUGAAAGGGAAACCUAAGAAUAAUGUCAACUUUCCCGGGUUCAUAAUUCCUUUGGAGAUUCUGGCAUUUGAGUGUAUCCCAGCUCUGAAAGCACGAUUUAGAGAAGGUGUAGAAGGCUGUAUGAGUAAGUGUCCGAGGAUGUGUAAAAAGCGGUUCCAAAGUAACAGCAUGAAGGGCUAUCCUCUUGAGGAUUUGUACGACACACUUGGAGAAAUUAAGGUUAUUGAAAGUGUUCUUGUUCCUACUGUUGAUGAGGAACCUCUCAUGGCACGCUUAAUGGAUGGGGAGCCAGACUAUGAAAAUGAAGAAGGCGUGAGUAAUUUGUGGAGCACGUGGUUGACUGUUAAGGAGAAGCCUAUCUUUUGGCAAGAACUCUAUGAGUUAGAUGUGGCUGCAAGGGAGUUUCCUCAGAAGAAAGACAAAAGGAAAGUGCAUGAAGAAGCAUCCUCCUCUAAUACAAGUUUGGAGGACGUUUUGAAAGGGUUUGAAGAGAGGUUGAUGACAAGUUUGAGUGAAGUGAAUGGGAAGGUGGAAAAAAUGAACAAGAGGCUUGGGAAGAUUGAACGUUGCCAAGUUGUUUUAAAAAAGAGGUGUAAAAGGAUGAAGGCAAUGGAGAAGAAGCUUGAGAAGAUUGAAGAUUGCCAAUAUUAUUUAAAAAAGAAGGCCAAGAAGGUGGAGAAAGAAAUGAAGGAAAUGAAAGAGAAGGAGGAAGAUAAGGAGAACAAUGACGGUUUCGACUAUCAAGGCAUGGAUUAUGUCUGGGAUGGACAGCGGAAUGACAGCAAUGGAGCGGACGCAACAACCAAAGAACCCGAAGAUGCAGAUAUGGUUGAAAAUACAGAGGUGGUAGAAGAGAGUGAGGAAGAGAGUGAAGAAGAGGCUCAGAAGGAAUCUGAUGAGGUUGAGAUGAAUGAAGCCAAUGAGAUUGAAGAAGAGGUUGAAACAGAGGCUCGGGUUGAAGUUGAAACAGAGGCUCGGGUUGAAGUUGAAACAGAGGCUCGGGUUGAAGCUGAAACAGAGGCUCGGGUUGAAGCUGAAACCGAGAAAACUCCUACACCACCACGUGGUAGGACUAAGGCAGCAGCCGCGAGGAGACAAAUCCUAACAACACCAGAAAAGUUGUUCGGAAAGGCUGAAAAAAUGGUGGAGGAAGAGGUGAAAGAACCUGAGGAAGAGGGUGAAAAAAUGGUGGAGGAAGAGGUGGAAGAACCUGAGGAAGAGGGUGAAAAAAUGGUGGAAGAAGAAGUGUUAGAGCCUGAGGAAGAGACUGGAAAAAUGAUGGAGGAAGAGGUGGAAGAAUCUGAGGAAGAGGCUGUAAAAAUGGUGGAGGAAGAGGUGGUAGAGCCUGAGGAAGAGGCUGGAAGAAUGGUGGAGGAAGAGGUGGUAGAGCCUGAGGAAGAGGCUGGAAAAAUGGUGGAGGAAGAGGUGGUAGAGACUGAAAAAUAUACUGAGGAAGAAAAGCAAGAGUGGUACAUGGUUGUCUACGAAGGCAGUACUUGUGAAACGAAGGAAGCUGACAAGGGAGCAGCCAAGCCUUCUGGUUCUGGGGUCAAGCAUAGGCCAAAACAAAUGGCAUUGAGGAAGCACGCUACUAAGCAGGCUCCUAAGCCGAGGGGUAGACCGAGAAAGGAUACUGAACCAAAGAAGUUCACAACGCCAGAACAGACAAAAAGGAUACGUUCACGUUCACAGUGGGUUUCCACUCCUUUCACUGAAGCUAACACUGAUGAGAUUGAAGGGCGCAAGAAGAAGCCUAGAACAAAGGCGUAGAAGACAAGAAGCUUAACAUAUUUUGGGUGUUUAGUAUUUAUCUCGGAUUUGUUGUGAACUUAUGUAAGAAGUUAUGUUUUGUUGCUUGUUGGUCUGUAAAACUUGAAUGAUAUCUCUUAUGUAGGAUGUUCUGUGUUGUGUGAUUGUCUUGCAGCAGGUUUGGCCCAAUUGAGGACAAAAUGAUCUAAGUCUUAAGAAAGCACAUUUGUACUACUAGGUUUAUUAUGUAUUACUAAGACAAACAAAAUUUGUCAACAAUAAGAAAAAAAAAAUAUAAGAAACAAAAUGGCACAUGUCUAAAACGUGUAAAAUAU